AGAUCCUGGCUGGAAGCUUCCCAACAGACCACUUUGAUGACGAGACACUCGGCAGAAAUGAAGAUGUGCACAAAGUCGAUAUCGAAGAUGGCGGUAUGAUGUACAGCCCACCUCCUCCAGUUUACCUCGGUAAAGAUCCUGAGUGGCCUUUUGGGGCUCUAGCAAGUUCGAGCUCCGGCAUAGUAUCUCUCGACCUCAACGAUCUACGACCACAGGAGUUCCGCACUUCUCGUGGCUCAUCACAUGCGUACGACUCCGACGAUGAAACCGCCGAAUCAACCUUGGGCUCGGACAGCGGCGAAUGUCUAGAGCGACGCAUGAUCGAAGACUUCGGCGGUGAUGAUGAGGUUGCUCAUGCACGAUCUUCAACGUCGGGUCUUUAUACUCCGACUUCCAGAUCAGACGAUCAGGAGCUUCGAUAGGCCAAGGCUACCGAUGACUGCGAGUCUUGGUGUAAUCGCAACUGUGGAUGUUUUCCCGAGAAGUUUGUGAACGAAGCAAAGUCUGUAUUGCGCGAGGUCCUGGAGUCCACUGUCGAAGAGGA